AUGGCAAUUCAAGUGUCAAAAAAAAUUACUAGUGUUUUGAUUAUUGUAAUUUUAUUUACAAUUUUUUCAGCACAAUUCUCUCAUUCUAAAACGAUAGAUGUAGGGUGUGUAAAAAACUGUAUUGUGAAUCAAUGCAUGAAAGCAUCAAAGAAGGCGACUCCAGCAGCAUGUGACAAUCCAUGCAAGACAAUGUGUACUUCUUCAAUGGGUAUUAAGAAUUACUUCGUUCCAGGACCUGGUGGUCGUGAUCCAAUAAAAGCAUUCUGCAGUACAUUUUCCUGGUUCUGCAACAAUUAA